CUGGAAGUUACCUCGGCAAGCUUCUGGAAGUUAACAUCAUGGCCAUACGGGAGAUCACGCUUCUCGGUUUUCUGAAAUUCGGAUUAGUUUUCAGUACUUUAACAAUUCAGCAGCUGCACUUAGUUGAUAGACAGUGCGGAAAGCGUAUAAUAAACCACGAUUUCUCGGGAAAUAACAUUGAUGUAAAAUCAAAGACUGAUUGUGCCGCUCGUUGUUUGACGACGCCACAGUGCAACACGAUAAUGUACAACAUAAAACUUGAGCGUGGAGAGGAAAGCAUAUGUUCCUUAAUCACCGCCUCCUCUACAGAGAACCCGUAUGUAAUGGUGGAUGACCCGUCCAUGUGUUUCAUGGUUACUGAAGGAACUUCAGUGGUAAUAUCGUCUCAAGAGAUAACGACUUCAGCAUUAACAGCACAAGUUACAACUACCACAACAAUAUCUACGACAACACCGACUUCAACAUCAUCAUCAGCACCGACUUCAACAUCAUCAUCAGCACCGACUUCAACAUCAUCAUCAGCACCGACUUCAACAUCAUCUUCAUCAUCAUCGUCGUCGUCAUCACCGACUUCAACAUCAUCAUCACCUGUGUUGUCAACAACGACUACUGCUUCAACAACAGAAACAACAUCUUCCUUUGCUGGGACGAUCAUCGACAUGAUAAACAACGUCAACAACUUGUGUAACGCCAACUCUCAGCAUGACAUUGCCGUGGUUACCACCAACGGAGUGCAUCUGUAUGACACUGCAGACUCUCUCACUACAGGGGCGUGCAGGAACAUGACCGUAAGCGACUUGUUUCAAGGAUUCGCCAACCUCCCUGACGUAAACACAUGGAGUGCUCUGAUGACGUACAACAAUGAUAAUUUUGACCUGUUUACAAAUGCUGACGAUCAAGUUUACAGAUGGCAGAAAAAUAGCGGGAAUAUUGUAUCAGUCGGUGACUAUCCGAAAAGCAAAGGCGACUAUAUUCAGAACAACGUACAUUCGACAAUGACAAAUAACUUCGGUAACUUACAAUGGGCAGUCUACAGGGGACACGGGGCACAGGCCAUGUUCUUCAAAGAAUCUUCUAUGAUGCGAUUCUACAGGAAUCAGUCACCCAAAGAAGGAAGUUUAUUCAUUAAUGACACAUCGAAUAUGGACAGUAACAGUAGACCAAUCAACCCCUGGUACAAUCUACCGGAAGGCGUUGUCGCUAUUACCGGUCAGAAUAAUGUGGACGCGUUUCUUGUCAUCGACGAAAACCUGGAUGUUUAUUUGUAUGAAUUGAACAACUCUGACGAUUUUAAUACAGUUCCACCAGUGCGUAUUUUAAAAGGGAAACUUAGACUGUAGAAACAAUUCUGUUCUGUGGAAACCAACAGUUAUAGUAACAGGGAAAAGUUAAUUAGAAAAUGCUUUUUUAUCGUUUCUUUAAAUUCAAGCAUUUGAGUGUGUAGCAUAUGGGUUUCGUACCUUUUAAUUUGAGUUUUUGAUUCUGGGAAUGUAUAGAACAGUAUUUUCGUAUUUAUUUUACAUAUUGACAUUACUAAUAAAGCUUAUACUUAAGUACCAAAAA